GAACAUUUAACUACAAUUUUCAAAAAGUACGUUAACCACGCGUAAGGAUACAUAGAUGAACAAGUAGUCCAGAAGCUCUUCCUUUUUCCUGUAAAAUCAGGCUACAUACGGUCAUGUCGUACUUUGAUGAAAAAUAUGGGUCAGAUGAAAGAAGACAAGGGGAUCAAGAAUAUGAUGGCCCUCCUGGCAUGGAACCUGAUGGUAUUAUUGAGAGUAACUGGGAACAAGUUAUUGAUAACUUUGAUGAUAUGAAUCUUCGAGAAGAGCUUUUACGAGGUAUAUAUGCUUAUGGUUUUGAGAAACCUUCAGCCAUUCAACAGAGAGCCAUUGUUCCAUGUAUCAAAGGGUUUGAUGUCAUAGCUCAAGCACAGUCUGGAACUGGAAAAACAGCAACUUUUGCUGUUGCUAUACUUCAGCAAAUUGACAUAACCUUGCAAGAAUGUCAAGCUUUAAUUCUUGCUCCUACUCGGGAACUGGCUCAACAGAUUAGAAAGGUUGUUAUAGCUUUAGGUGACUACAUGAAUGCCCAGUGCCAUGCCUGCAUUGGGGGAACAAAUAUUCGGGAAGAUUUUCGUAAACUGGAGAUGGGUGUUCACGUGGUUGUUGGAACUCCAGGCAGAGUUUAUGAUAUGAUUAAUAGAAAUGCUUUAAAAACCAACCAUAUACGGAUGUUUGUCUUAGAUGAAGCUGAUGAAAUGUUAUCUAGAGGAUUCAAGGAUCAGAUUUAUGAUGUGUUCAAAUUCCUAGGUAGUGAUAUACAGGUAAUUCUGCUAUCGGCCACAAUGCCCGCUGAUGUUCUUGAAGUCACCAAACGUUUCAUGAGAGAACCAAUCAGAAUCUUGGUUAAGAAGGAAGAACUCACUUUGGAAGGUAUUAAACAGUUCUAUGUAUCAGUGGAAAGAGAGGAAUGGAAGUUAGAUACAUUAUGUGACUUGUAUGAAACUCUAACCAUCACCCAAGCUGUGAUCUUCUGCAACACCAGACGGAAGGUGGAUUGGUUAACAGAGAAAAUGCACCAACGUGAUUUCACAGUGUCAGCUAUGCAUGGUGAUAUGGAUCAAAAAGAGCGAGAUGUGAUUAUGAGAGAGUUUCGAUCUGGAUCAAGUAGGGUGCUUAUUACAACAGAUUUGUUAGCUAGGGGGAUUGAUGUUCAACAGGUGUCACUAGUAAUAAACUAUGAUCUUCCUACCAAUCGAGAAAAUUAUAUUCACAGAAUUGGACGUGGUGGCAGGUUUGGUAGGAAAGGGGUUUCCAUAAACUUUGUUACAGAAGAAGAUAAACGCACCUUGCGUGAUAUUGAACAGUUCUACAAUACUCAAGUAGAAGAAAUGCCUAUGAAUGUUGCAGAUUUGAUUUAAGUUGGUUCAGCUCUAACCAGAUUGGUUAAAUCACAGCAGUGUGGAUUAUUGGCCUUAAAGUUCAGCCAAACCACCAAGUGUAGAUAAUAUGGUUGCUUUCUGAAUUCUUGCUAAUAUUGUCAAUAUUAAUAACAUCUCUCAGAUCUUUAAGGGGCAGUUUCAUUCAUAUCAAACACAUCCAAUACUCUUAUAUCUUCUCUGUAAUAGUAAUCUGACUUUGCUAAUUAGGUAACCGAAGAACUUCUCAUUUUAAGCAACACAGUUGUUGCUUGAGAACAUAGCAGCUCAAUUGUUAUUAGAUUCAUUUCUAUUUAUUUUUGUGAAUACAUCAAACAGAAUUCGUCCAAAGUUUUAGAUUUAAGUUGUGAAUGAAUGUAACUACCCCUACUGGUGAUAUUUUCAUCAGCUUGUAAAACUGUAAUAGAGAUUUAAUAAAUUUGGACAAAAUCAACAGAAGUGAUCUGUCUUAUGCUUCAUCUUCUAUUGAAAAUUCAGUUUGUUUUCUCUACCUAGACAUUAUAGUGUAUUUUUCUGAAUUGCAUACCUUUGUCCAGGUUGUUCAACAUUUAAAUAAUUCACUGGUAUUCGUAUUAGAAAAUGUAGAACAAUUAUACUAUAAGCUUUGGUAAUGUCAGUGUUAUAUUUGAUGAUUGAAAAGUAUGGCAUUCCUUAAAUAUAUACUAUUUUUAAGGUGUAGCAGCAGAUUUGCAGUUGUGGUGGCCUUAAAGCUCAAAACGUUUCAUUAUUCCAUUGAUAGUUACUUGGAGAAUUGAUUUAAAGAACAUUAUUGUUCAUCAAGUGAUAGUACAAGCUAAAAUAAGACAGAUCUGACAGUUGCCAAUUUUAUAUUAAAAUUAAAUUUGCAGUAAAAUAAUUUUAAUCACUUUUUAUAUUCCAAUUACUGAUAGAAUAUAAUUCCACACAAAUACAUAGUGUUCUCCAGAUAUUCUCGUGAGAUGGGUUUUAUCUUUGAGUUCACUGAAAAAUGCAUGUAAUCAAUAAUAAAUUUUAUGUCACUAACUUUGUUUGAAACAAUUCCUGCUAAUGAUUACAAUAGUAUUAAAAGUCAGCAGGUUUACUUCUGCCAAAUGUUAUAAGAAACUGUUUCAUCAUCAGCAGUAGUCAGGACCUAAUCCCGUCACUAAAUAAU